CGCGAGAUGUUCCGGAGCUGGGUAGACCAGGAGGUCCGGGCCAUCCCCUCGUCCAAGGACAGUACAUCUCCUCUGCCGCUCAACAAAAUGGGGCCUCAGGACGAUCCGGAGGCCUUCCUGGAUCUCUUCGAGAAGUCGGCAGAGGCUCGAGGAUGGCCCCCCGGGGAGUGGCCCAUGCGACUGAUCCCUCUGCUGUCAGGAGAAGCGCAGGUAGCCGCCCACCAACUGCCAGUCCAAAAGGUUCAGGACCCUGACCCUGGAAGAGCACAGCAGCUCCGGGACUCCUGCCGCAAAUGGUUGAUGGCCGACAGUAGCGACGUCGAGGAUGUGAUCGAUCGUGUGGUGCUGGAGCAGUUCGUGGCCAAGCUGCCAAGAAAGACGGCGCAGUGGGUCCAGUGCCACCGCCCGACGUCACUGAACCAGGCCAUCCAGCUGGCGGAGGACCAAAUGGUGGCAUGUCCAGGGGUCGGCGAUCCCCUACCAUCGGCAACUCUCUCUCUCUUCCCCUCCCCUCUCCCUCUCCAAACCUGUACCUCUUCCUAGGUCCCGUGAAGGGCUUCCUCCGAAGCCAGCACCCAGGUGGAGGACGGGUUAUGCGGCCAAUCUAGCAGCGGCACCCCGGGCUCCUCCCAGGGGAGGGAGUUCGCCCACGGGACCCUUCCCACAACCGCUGCCCUCUCCGCUCUCUCCCCGCCAAUCGCUUGACCCACUUCCUGCCGCCAGAGCGGCGGUAAAGUCUGGGCCGGCCUGUUGGCGCUGCGGGGACCCAGGACAUUUCAUUGAUAGAUGUCCAUUGAUGGAGGUGGGGACAUUGAUCCGGGUCCCCGACGCGCCACAGGCUGCCCUCGAUCAAGCUGGCCUAUACCAAAUACCAUAAUUGGCGUGGAGAGACCGGAUAUAAACCGGAGCACGGCAGAGAGAGAGAGAGAGACGAGCUGGGACCUCGUGUUGGUGCUGGGGAGUGACAACGACCAGAAGUCUGAGUUAUUUGGAUAUUAUUGUGCAACGGGCACACUGUUCACACUUGAUGCGCAGGAUUGUUUAUUUAUUUAUUUUGAGAAAUAAAAACGAGCGUCCCAGCCACAAG